AUGUCGAUGAACCUAAGGACACACGCGUUCGCAGGCAAUCCCUUGAGGUCAAAAACACCAAAAUCCACCGAUCUCUUCUCACAUUCCUCCGCUUUCGAAUCCCUCAAAAACCUAAUCCCACUAAUCCCUAAUCACCCCACACCUUCUCCCGAUUUUAAGGUCCUUCCUUUUAGCAAGGGACGUCCACUGGUGUUCUCGAGCGGUGGAGACGCUUCGACGACGCCUAUUUGGCAUCUGGGCUGGAUCAGUUUGGCUGAUUGUAAGGGUUUUUUGGGGAGUUGUGGGGUUGAUCUGAGCGAGGACUCGCUUGUGUAUUUAGGUCCCAAGACGGAGGAAGAUUUGGUGUUUUGGGCGAUUGAUGUGUCGGAAGAAAACGGUGUGGCUUCUGAAUUCGGAGGUAGGAAGCUAUGUUUCGUUGAGCUUCGAACGUUAAUGGUGGCUGCUGAUUGGGCGGAUCAACGCGCUAUGGAUGAAUUGGCUAUUGCAGGACAUGCCAGGGCAUUGCUUGAGUGGCACAACGUAUCACGAUUUUGUGGAUCUUGUGGAAGUGGAACUGUUCCAAGGGAAGCUGGAAGGAGAAAACAAUGCUCAAACGAGACUUGCAAAAAGCGGGUUUACCCCCGUGUUGACCCGGUGGUUAUAAUGUUAGUUAUUGAUCAAGAAAAUGACCGCGCACUUUUAAGCAGACAGUCUAGAUAUGUACCGAGACUGUGGAGUUGUUUAGCUGGAUUUAUUGAGCCAGGGGAAAGCUUAGAAGAGGCUGUGAGACGAGAAACAUGGGAAGAGACGGGGAUCGAAGUAGGAGAAGUUGUCUAUCAUAGCUCUCAGCCUUGGCCUGUGGGACCAAGUAGCAUGCCGUGCCAAUUGAUGCUCGGUUUCUUUGCGUUUGCCAAGACGCUUGACAUAAACCUAGACAAAGACGAGUUAGAAGAUGCUCAAUGGCACAGUAGAGAAGACGUGAAGAAAGCACUGGCUUUUGCAGAAUACAGGAAGGCGCAAACAACAGCGGCUUCAAAGAUAGAGCAGAUGUGUAAAGGUGUGGAGAGAAGCCAGAGUCUGUCAACCGAUUUCAAUGUUGAAAGCGGUGAGCUGGCUCCUAUGUUCAUACCGGGACCAUUCGCCAUCGCUCACCACCUGAUCUCGACAUGGGUAGAUCAGGGCUCUGGCGAUGUUCACUCGAAACAACAAGCCAGUGUCUCUCUCUCAAGUUUGUAG